AUGGUGAGGACUGUGGAGCGUUGGAGAAUCAGAGAAAGCACUACACCCACACUUUUCCGCUGGAGUCCGUCCAAGCUGCCCAUCACACGCCGGCGCAAGCCCGGAAUCCGAACGCCGGCCGCAACUCAAAUUAACGGCAAACGCGACACAUGCCACAGAUCAAUCAAGAUUACCUCGGCUCUGAAACGUGUUCAAGGGUAUAGAGUCACUGACAGGAGAUUAGCAUGCCUUCUGCUCCUUCAAGCCUUCUCCCUUCUGCGUCUCUGCCCUGCGGAGAGGACUUGUCCAAACAGUUGCCGAUGUGAAGGCAAGAUUGUCUACUGCGAGUCCGCGUCCUAUCAGGAGGUGCCGGAGAACAUUUCAGUGAGUUGCCAGGGCCUGUCGCUACGCUACAAUGACCUUCACACAAUGCUCCCCUACCAGUUCGCCCACCUUAACCAGCUCCUCUGGCUCUACCUUGACCAUAACCAGAUCACAUUCGUAGACAGUCGUGCUUUUCAGGGUAUACGGAGGCUCAAGGAGCUCAUCCUUAGCUCCAACAGGAUUUCGCAACUCCAUAACGCAACCUUUCACAAUGUGCCCAACCUGCGUAGUCUGGACCUCUCCUAUAACAAGUUACAGGAGCUCCAGCCGGGGCAGUUCCAUGGCCUCCGUAAGCUCCAGAACCUCCACCUCCGCUCCAACGGGCUUACGAGUAUCCCGAUCCGGGCCUUUCUGGAAUGCCGAAGCCUAGAGUUCUUGGAUUUAGGGUACAAUCGGCUGCGUAUUCUGACGCGCACCACGUUUCUGGGUCUGUCCCGCCUGAUGGAGCUGCACCUGGAACAUAACCUGUUCUCCAGGAUAAAUUUUUUCCUGUUUCCGCGCCUUGCUAACCUCCGUGCCCUCUACUUGCAGUGGAAUCGUAUCCGAGCGGUUAACCAGGGUCUUCCUUGGACCUGGCACACGUUGCAAAAGCUGGACCUGUCCGGGAAUGAGAUUCAGGCCCUGGACCCGGUUGUUUUUCAGUGCCUGCCAAACCUGCAGGUCCUCAACCUGGAAUCCAAUAAGCUAAACAAUGUUUCUCAGGAGACCGUGGUUGCCUGGACUUCCCUGACCGCGAUCAGCCUUGCGGGGAACAUGUGGGACUGUGGACCGGGCAUUUGUCCUUUGGUGGAGUGGCUUAGGAACUUUCGUGGAAGUAAGGACACCAGUAUAAUCUGCAGCACUCCCAAGCAUCUCCAAGGUGAGAAAGUCAUAGAGGCGACCAGGAAUUACAUAGACUGCAGGGAUUUUGAGACGUCAGAGCCGAUUCCAGAACCUACCCCUGAGCCGACCGAUGCCCCUACCAGCCUCCCGCCACCAUUGCCGCCCCCAGCCUCCCAGACUACCAAUCCACCCCUACGGGCUCUGCCAGGACCCCAGCCCUUGCCCACCUUUCCCAGCCUUUUCGUGACAGACCCCAGAAACCCCCCAGACCAGACUCCCUCCCCCUCCAACAGCCUGUCGGUGACCCCAGGCCCAGAGCCAAAGAACAUGUACCUGCACAAGGUGGUGGUGGGCGGAGUAGCGCUGUUCUUCUCCGUGUCGCUCAUCUUGACCGUGAUCUACGUGUCGUGGAGGCGAUACCCCAGCUCUGCCCGGCUGUUUCAGCAGCGCUCGGUCGUGGGCCGCAAGCGACGGAAAAAGAGCCCGGAGCCAGAGCAGAACCUCAGCUCUCAGCUGCAGGAAUAUUACAUGAGCUACAACCCUGCCGCCACUCCGGAGGCUCUGGAUGUGUUAGCCAACGGGACGGGUGCGUGUACCUGCACCAUAUCUGGCUCCAGGGAAUGUGAGAAUGAGUACACGUGCCCGAGACCGCUGCCAGGAGCCUGGCUUGGAGACGUACCCACAAUGCACUAA